UUCCCCUUAACAAAUCCCACUAAUCAAUACACAUAACAUACACAUUCUCAAAAAAACAACUUUCCUUUUCUCCAAAGCCAUGAAAGCUCUCAAGCUAGUCAUGACCAUUUUAGCUGCUUCAUUUUUCAUCUUCUUCUCCUUUUCUUCUCCAUCUUUGGCUGCAGAUAACACCUCUCCAACAACUCCUGUAUCCCCGAAAAACCUUUGCAAAAACAUCCCAGAUCCAACAUACUGUAAAAAUGUUCUUCAACCCUAUAACCAAACCGGGAAUGUCUACUACUACGGCCGUGCCUCGGUCAAAAAAUCCGUAUCCCAAGCCCGAAAAUUCAAGUCCUUAAUCGAAAAGUACCUCCGAAACCGCGACAAGCUAUCGGUGCCGGCGGUCCGAGCUCUCGAGGACUGCCGGCAGCUCGCAGGUCUAAACUUGGACUUCCUGUUGAGCUCCUUCGAAACCGUCAACAAAACCAGCAGAGUCCUCUCAACCCUAAAGGCCGAAGACGUCCAAACCCUGCUGAGCGCAAUCUUGACCAACCAGCAAACCUGCUUGGAUGGCAUACAAGCAACGGCGUCGUCUUGGAGCGUCAAAAAUGGCAUCUCAGCCCCGCUCAAAAACGACACUAAGCUCUACAGCGUCUCCCUCGCUCUCUUCACCAAAGGUUGGGUACCUAAGAAGAAGAAGGCGACGACGUGGUCGCCGGGAGGGAAGCAGUUGGGGACCACAAACAGACGGUUGCCGUUGCGGAUGUCGGGGCAGAAUAGGGCCGUUUAUGAGGCGGUGAGCCGGCGGAAGCUGCUUCAGGCGGAGGAUGAGAACGACGAGGUAGUGUCGGUGAACGAUAUCGUGACGGUGUGUCAGGACGGUAGCGGAAACUUCACGACCAUAAACGACGCCGUUAGCGCCGCGCCGAACAACUCUUUGGCUAGCAAUGGGUACUUCUUGAUUUAUGUGACGGCGGGUGUUUAUGAAGAGUAUGUGUCCAUUGCGAAGAACAAGAGGUACUUGAUGAUGAUCGGAGAUGGGAUCAAUCAGACUAUUAUUACAGGAAACCGGAGUGUCGUCGAUGGGUGGACGACUUACAACUCUGCCACAUUUGCCGUUGUGGCGCCGGGAUUCGUGGCGGUGAACAUAACCUUCCGCAACACCGCCGGAGCAAUCAAGCACCAGGCCGUCGCGCUCCGAAACGGCGCCGAUCUCUCCACAUUCUACAGCUGCAGCUUCGAAGCCUACCAAGACACUCUCUACACCCACUCCCUCCGGCAAUUCUACCGCGACUGCGACAUCUACGGCACCGUCGACUUCAUCUUUGGGAACGCCGCCGUCGUCUUCCAGAACUGCAACAUGUACCCCCGCCUUCCCAUGCAGAACCAGUUCAACGCCAUCACAGCUCAAGGCAGGACGGACCCCAAUCAGAACACCGGCAUUUCAAUUCACAACUGCACCAUCAAAGCCGCCGACGACUUGGCGGCGAGCAACGGUACCAUCAAGACUUAUCUCGGGAGGCCGUGGAAGGAGUAUUCGACGACGGUUUACAUGCAGUCUUACAUUGAUAGUGUUGUUGAUCCUGCUGGUUGGCGUGAAUGGAAUGGAGAUUUUGCGCUCAACACUUCGUACUAUGCGGAGUAUAACAAUACUGGACCGGGAUCGGACACUACGAACAGAGUCAGAUGGCCUGGCUAUCAUGUGAUCGGUAAUUCUUCUGAUGUUGGGAACUUCACGGUGUUCAAUUUCUUGCUUGGAGAUGACUGGUUGCCUCAGACAGGAGUGCCUUUCAAUAGUGGUUUAUUAUCAUGAGUUCAGAAGCUUCUUGGAUAUAGCUGAUCAUAGGUUCUCACUUUUUCUUUUUUUUAUUCUUUUCAGCAAAUUGUCAUUGUUUAAAAGAAGUAAUUAAUAAGUUGCAAUGCCCCAGCUCAAGUUAGAGCUUGGGUGAUGAGGAAUUAAUUAAUUUUAAUUUAUUAAAAACACUAAUCGUCAAUACUGAAUUAAUUUAUGUAUGUUAUAUGAUUAUGCUAAACGG